UGACGGCGCAUCGAGCCAUCUCCGUGCGCUCUGCUGGCUCGAUGCCUCGUGACGGUGCGCAGCCUCAUCGUACAGUCGCUUCUUUUUGUGUUUCCGUUGCCAUUGCCGCUGCAUCACUGCUUGAUCAUCCACCUCCCCGCACCUUGCACCUCUCCUGCUGCGUUUCGCUGCCAGCAUCUCUGACGGAGGGAGGCUUCAUGCAUGCUGCACGCGACGCACGGUCGAUCGGCCCAUCACACCAAGCUCUCCUGCUUCUCUGUCGAUUUACGAUUUUGGAGGGACGCAGCCCAUGAUUUUGCUCGUCCGACCAGUCACUCACGUUCACAAACUUAUCUGCCGACCGCUGUGCUCACUUCUGCUUGCCGUACUCACCUUUACUGUGCCGACUGUUCCCGAGUGCGACUGUGGCGCUCGCGCGAGUCUGCUGCCAAGACCUGCUGGACUCUGAUUGCCUCAUUUUCA